AUGGCUCUUCUUUCAUCUUCUUCUUCUUAUUUCCACAAAACUAUCUACCAUAUCUCAUCCAAACUCUUUCAUCCAUGCCUUCCUCUUCCUCAAUUCAACCCCAUCACUCUUACUUCACCCUCCUUCAAUCCAUUGACUCAUUCAAAGCAGCACCUAAACCUCAAAACCAGCAACUCCAAUCUCUUUGUUGUUUCAUACAGGUAUUUCUCCAAAGAAGAAGAGGAAGACGAAGAUGAAGAAGAGCACAGCUUUGAUGAAGCAGUGACUCUAUUUAAUGGUGGAGAGUACUACAAAUGUCAUGACUACCUUGAAUCUCUUUGGCACAAUGCUGAAGAGCCCUCAAGAACAUUAAUUCAUGGCAUACUGCAAUGUGCAGUUGGGUUUCAUCACCUAUUCAAUCAGAAUCAUAAAGGAGCUAUGAUGGAGUUGGGAGAGGGACUAUGUAAACUGAGAAAAAUGGAGUUUUCAAACGGACCGUUUCUUAUGUUCGAGAAAGAUAUUUCAGCAGUUCUGGAAUUUAUCUACAAGACACAGAUAGAGUUAGCUGCAUGUAGUGAUGAUAUUUGUGUUGCAAUGGAUCAGUCGGAAAGAUCCUACCAACUUAUGGGAGAAUAUGCCGCAGGGAAGCGCGUAUAUGAUCUAGAACUUGGUCGUGAUGCAUCAGUGUAUAUUGUGUUAUGUAUUCAAGGGUCUAAUGGUGCCACUGAAGCCCCAAGGGUAAAGCUUCCCAGACUUAAUGCUACCUCAGAACAUCUUGUAGCCUAUGAGUACAAGUAA